AGCCAUCUAUGAAUUAGAUCGGUUUCUCAUGCAAGCCUCGACAACCCAUCUCUCAAACAUCUGUCACCGCCCAUUCCACGCGUCCACUCCUUCAUCCCUUUAAAUUUACACCUCUUCAUCACUCCCUCUUCAUCACUCUCUCCCACUCUCUCUCUCUCUCUCUCUCUCUCUCUCCCUCUAUCUAGUAGUGUUCCCUCCCUCCCUACCGCCCUCCAUGGCUGAGCAGCGCAUUCAAGAGUACCAACAAAAAGCCACCGACAACUUCAAGGGCUUCCUCCCUGAAAAGGGUCCCUCCAAGUCUCAAAUCCUAGCAGUGGUCACCCUCCUCCCUGUUGGAGGCUUCCUCCUCCUCCUCUCCGGCCUGACUCUCACCGGAACACUCAUAGGCCUCGCCGUCACCACCCCGCUUUUCGUCAUCUGCAGCCCAGUUCUCGUCCCCGCCGCUCUCACCGUUGCGCUGGCCGUAGCCGGUUUCUUGACUUCGGGAGCUUUUGGAAUCACCGCUCUGUCAUCUCUCUCGUGGAUCAUCAACUAUAUACGUAGAUCCCGCAUGCCGGAGCCCAUCGAGUAUGCAAAGCGGCGCGUGCAUGACACCGCGGGUCAAAUGGGCCAGAAGACUAGGGAAGUGGGCCAGAAGGCCCAGGAAUCUGUCCGAACAUAAGGGUUUCAAGGAAGUGUGCUUUUUUGGGCCCAUGGCCCAUUUGAGUAUAUGCAUAUGCCUAAUGGGGUUGUCUAGUUUAUGUCUCUUGUAAUUGCUGCUUUUCGUGGGAGGUGGCACAACGUAAUAAAAUGGAUGGUGUGAGUGAGUAGUCAUGAAUUGUCCACGUUGAUAUGAUAUGGUGUGCUUUUUAAUUUGGAGUCUUUGAAUAAAUAUUCGUUGUUUUGAUAUGAUGAUAUGUACUACUUUUAAUUUGGUGUCUUCGAAUAAAUAUUUGUAAUUUAAGAUUUGUCAUUUGUUAAA